CCCACUUGCUGCAGUGUGUGUCAGAGCCGGGAGCUUCAAUGAGGAGGAAGCAGUGAAUGGAGAUGCUGCAGCGGCACUAGGCCCCAGGACCCUGCCUCCCCGUCCGGGCCGCUCCAUCAGACCCUCAGGAACGAGUUGCCGCAGGCCGUCGCCUUGUGAAGUGGACCUCUUUGAAGCACUCGAAGAAGCCCUCGUCUGCUGAUCAGGGAGCCGAAGUACCAGCACUGGUCGAAGGUUGGCUGACAUGGGUAAUCUCAUUAAAGUGCUAACCAGAGAUAUAGACCACAAUUCAGCACAUUUUUUCUUGGAUUUUGAAAGUACCUUAUCAUGGGGAACCUUCUUAAAGUUUUGACUUGCACAGACCUUGAGCAGGGGCCAAAUUUUUUCCUUGAUUUUGAAAAUGCUCAGCCUACAGAAUCAGAGAAGGAGAUCUAUAACCAGGUGAAUGUGGUGCUAAAGGACGCCGAAGGAAUCUUAGAUGACUUACAGUCCUACCGAGGAGCAGGACACGAAAUCCGAGAGGCCAUCCAACAUGCUACUGAUGAAAAGUUACAAGAGAAAGCGUGGGGGGCCGUGGUCCCUCUAGUAGGCAAACUAAAGAAGUUCUAUGAAUUCUCUCAAAGACUUGAAGCGGCGCUCCGCGGGCUCCUGGGAGCUCUCACCAGCACUCCGUACUCCCCGACGCAGCACCUGGAGCGGGAGCAGGCUCUGGCCAAGCAGUUUGCCGAAAUCCUCCACUUUACCCUCCGAUUCGAUGAGCUAAAGAUGACGAAUCCGGCCAUACAGAACGAUUUCAGUUAUUACAGAAGAACCCUGAGCCGCAUGAGGAUUAACAACGUCCCCGCAGAAGGAGAAAAUGAAGUGAACAACGAGCUGGCCAAUAGGAUGUCUUUAUUUUAUGCAGAAGCCACGCCCAUGCUUAAAACCUUAAGCGACGCGACCACAAAGUUUGUAUCGGAGAACAAGAAUUUACCGAUAGAAAAUACCACUGAUUGUUUAAGUACAAUGGCCAGCGUGUGCAGAGUCAUGCUGGAAACACCGGAAUACCGGAGCAGGUUUACGAACGAAGAGACCGUGUCGUUCUGCCUGAGGGUGAUGGUGGGGGUAAUCAUUCUCUACGACCACGUGCAUCCGGUCGGAGCUUUCGCAAAAACGUCAAAGAUUGAUAUGAAAGGAUGUAUCAAGGUCCUUAAAGAACAGCCUCCCAACAGUGUAGAAGGACUUCUAAACGCUCUCAGGUACACGACAAAGCAUUUGAAUGACGAGACUACCUCCAAGCAGAUCAAGACGAUGCUGCAAUAACCCAGCCGAUGGAUUCGCCCCCGCUGCGGACAGUAUUCUGCGAUGACUGAGAGACACGGCGGAUUUUAGUGAUUGCACCUACUAUCUCUCCCACCGCUCUCAUUAUCU